UCGCCUCCCCGACUACUCGCUAGGUCUCCCUCGAGCGAUGGCACAGCCGUCGCCGCCUCCGCCGCCGGCGAGACGUCCCACCACCAUACAUGAUCUCGACGACGACCUCCUCCGCGAGGUCUUCCUCCACCUCCCGGCCCUCCCAACCCUCGUCCGCGCCGCCCUCGCGUGCCGCUCCUUCCUUGGCGCCGUCCGCUCGUCCCCCGCCUUCCGCCGCCGCUUCCGGGAUCUCCACCCGUCUCCCUUCGUCGGCCUCUUCAUCCAGCCCCUCGUCCACAAAUGGGAGCCCGGCGUCCCUUCCUUCGACGCCCGCCACCGCCGCUCCGACCGGGACUUCGCCGCCGCCGUCCGCGGCGGCGAUUUCGGGCUCAACGGCCUCCCGGACCCAGACGACGACCAUGAAGACUGCUGCGUCGACCAAGACGAAGACGAGGAGGACAACGACGAGGAGGACAACGACGACGAAGAAGAGGAGGAGGAGGAGGAUCCCUCCCCGGUGUGGGAGAUCGAGCGAUGCAGCGACGGCUACGUCGUCCUCUUCAACCGGCGGGCCAGGCAGAUCGCCGCCUACAACCCUCUCACGCGGGCGCUGCAUCUCUUCCCCUCGCCGCCGGGCAUCUUCAAAAGCUCCCUGACCUUUCAGUUCCACAUAAUCUCCUCCUCCUCGGAAGAGGACCCCGGCUCGCCGCCCCGUGUGGUCUGCUUCGACUGCGGCUUCCUGUACGCCUCCGUCGGCGUCAUCUCGCCAGGCAGCACCGAGAUCGAUUGGCAGAUUUUCCCCGAGGCUUUGAUCCCGGGAGCAGCGGGAGCCACCGGUAAAAUGGUGAACGGGUCCCUCUACUGGACACACCCAGGGACGCCCUACAUCACCGUGCUCAACACCGCCACGAUGCACUUCUCCAGGAUGGACCUGCCGCCGCUCUUGGGGGUCGAAGAAGGCAGCAACCGUGAGUGUGAUUUCGUGCUUGGUAAUGCCAAGGAUGGCAGGCCCUGCAUCGUCUCCCCUGACCCGUGGGGUGGCUGCGAGCUCCUGGUUUUUUUCUGGAGACCCGAUGAAUACGACGGUGUUGAGAGGUGGAAGCUGGACCAGACGUUCAAACUGGAAAAGAUCAAUCAGCUCACCGAGGUUGAAGACGAUGCUUAUGUCGUCGUGCAUGUUAUGGACGUUACAGAUGGAAUAGUGUACCUGCGUACCGCGUAUGACGGCUAUACUGAAGUUCCUCAGCUGCUCCUAUCCUUUUGUCUCGAGACAGCGGAGCUGAAAAAGAUCUGUGAAUAUGAUCACAAGCAGCUCCAUCCCUACAUCAUGGAGUGGCCUCCUUCUUUGGUAGGAGUGCAUGAUAAGGGUCCUCAUUCAAGAGAUGAAGCAUUGUCUACCACGAGCUCUGAAGGAAGUGAUGUGAAGGCUGAUGGUGGCCCAACAGAGCCUGCAUCGGUUCCCAAAGCAUAAUAGGAUCACUUGGAGACUUGGUGAGUUUAUCUUGUUCUUGUAGGAUCACUUGGAGACUUGGUGACAUAGUUGUGGUGUCUUUUGGCAACGCUGGUUCAUGACGACUCAAGCAAUAUAUGUGUCGACACCUUGAAGAUUGAAAUCCUUGGGUCCUACUAGCUAGGGAUAUCUUGAGAGCCUGAUGUCCUCCUUUUUUAUCUUAAUGUGCUAUUUUGGAAUUUCGGAUCUACUAGAACCUUGGUUGUUGAUUGCUUGGCACUUUAUAUGGUUAUUAAUGAUCAGAUUAUGAACA